AUGGCUGCUAACGAACAACCUUACGACCCCUACAUUCCCUCUGGCUCGAACGGCGCCGCCGCCAACGGGCAGAAUGGCAACCAGCGAACGGCCGCUUUGCAAGCACAAAUCGACGACACCGUCGGUGUGAUGCGGGAAAACAUCAACAAGGUUUCCCAGCGUGGUGAGAAUCUGGAUUCUCUCCAGGAUAAGACCGACAACCUCGCUGUCUCGGCCCAGGGCUUCCGCCGAGGCGCCAAUCGCGUGCGCAAAGAUAUGUGGUGGAAGGACAUGAAGAUGCGCGUGUGCCUGGUCAUUUGCGUGAUUGUUCUUCUUGUGGUCAUCAUUGUGCCGUCUGGUAAGCGUUGA